AUGCCUCUAGAGAUUUCACUUGAUAUAAUUAAUUCCUACACCUACCCUCCCAAAAAGUCGGCUUCUCGACGUCGCAAAGUCGUGACAUCCGAGGACGCACCGAGCGGCGACUCUAAGAGGGAGAGAGAACCUGCAGAUGGGAACGACAAAGAACAUCCGGUGGUCAUCGAGGAUGAUGGGUCCGAUUCGGACUCGGAAGCUGAGGGAAGCGAAGCUGAUAGGGAAGGUCUUAAGCUAGGUGAUGGAGACGACAGUAUCUAUGAGGGGCUACCUACGCUGGAGGAACUACUCGGACGCCGACCUCUCCAAACCAAUACCGAAUCUGCGGCGCCAGACGGGAAUCAAACGGAUGAUUCAGCUGAGCGCAUCAUUGCUGCGGCUGCCUCACCGUCUAGGCAGGGGCUUGGGACAUGCAUGGCCGCCGGUCAAGAGUCUUCGAGAGUCGAUAAGGGAGAAAGACUCGACAAUUCGCCGGCCGAUAUGGAGAACAAUUGCGAGAAGGUGAAUAGUGUAGGCGAUCUGUUAUCGACACCAAACAAACGGAAGCUCGAUUAUAAUUCCGAUGCCAAAGACGACGCCAAGGACCUGCGACCCCAGAAGCAACAAAAACAACUUAACCCACGCGAUGAUUCCCCCGCACUUUACGAUAAUGUCGGCAUGAGAAACUGGCCAUCUGCAACACACGAGCGGAAUUACGCCCCAUUCGCCGAUGCGACUACCUCUAUGGAAGUGCUGGACCCCACCUCGAAACCGGCCUCGGAAGACUCCCGUUCAGCAAAGCAGCUGUCGGCCCAGCCACAGGCAGAGAGCCUUGCACCUAGUCCUGUGCACACACCGAUGUCGACGACGCCGCCGCCGCAGGCCCGCAGCAGCCAUUUUCCACCUCUCAGAGUCAGCGGCAAAGACGAUGGCGCCAACACCUCGGACCUACCUCAAAGCGACCUCCUUGAGUUACAGAAUGGGCAUGAUACGUCACGAACCGCUCUUAGACUACAGGAUUGGAGCACGAUGCGUACGAGGACGUCUCGACAAGUAAUGCCGUCCCAAUCACGACACCUGUCUGGGUCCAGAACAGAUAGAGUGACUCGGUCUAGCUCCCCGCAAACAUCCUCUCUAAGAGCGACGGCUGCAGAUGAACCCAGCAUCGGUUAUGGACUCAGCGCCAACCCGGCCUACCAGACAGCCGAUGUUACUCUUUACCCUGUGCCAAAGACCUUGUCGAUUGUAUCAGCAAUUGUCCGUUGCAAUGAGUCGACAUUGCCUCUAGACCAGAUAGCGCUUGACACUAGCAUUCUCGGAGAGAGAGGCCAAGUCAUCCGGAUAACCCAGGUAUCGCAGGAUUCAUGGUUGUUACUGGGAUGCCGAUAUGACGAUGGUGCAUCACACUCACGUCCUCGUCGGGGUUGGACGGUGCUCAGGGCAGACCAGAAGAGCAAUCCUCACAGCGAUGCUGCAAAUCAUAACGCUGGCCAUCCAGACACCCACAUGGGCGAAGAGGACGAGGACGAGGACAAGAAUACAGAUGAAGACACAACGGAAUACAAACCUCAUGCUAUGGGCACUGAUCCGAGGUUCAAUAGAAACGAUAUGCGCUUCCGCCAACGAACGCGUGUACCGUGGUUCGAGUCGGACAACCUGCGGUUACUUUCGUACAGGAAGAACAUGACCAUGGGCUGGAAGGAUAUAUUCAAACUCUUCCCAGAUCCGACCCCAGGCGCAGUACGGACGCGCUGGCACAUGCUGCAAGGGAAAUGAUCCAUCGCUACGAGCAUAUCGAUAUAUGUACCCUAUCCAACUUGGCGAUGCCGCCCUAAUCAUGUUAUGGGCUAUUGCUCGGCCGCGUCGCAUUGGACCUACUUCUACGACUUUCGGGGCUGGUUUCGGUACGCGGCUCGAUUUUCGCAGGUCUUAGGGCGAUUCGUCGUGUGUUGUGGUCUCGAUCUCAAGGGGUGACGUUGCCAUAUCGGAGGGUUUGGAUGAGGUGCUGCCCCAGUGGGAGACCAACGGAGUUGAGAGGGGGGAUAAAUGAGCGUGAUAAAUUCGUAGCAAGUAAUUCCAAUAUUGAAUUCCCUAC